AUAGAGUAAUAGGUUCAGACACAUGAAAGGGGAUUUAGAACUGGUUGGAAACUUGACAAGCAGCAUUCUCAGCAUGAAAACAAGCUGCUUCCUCAGGAAAAGUAAACGUUCCAUACUGUCCAGCGUGGCAAACGUCUGAAAAAAAAUCCCUACACUUUUGAGGAAAUCUGAAGGACGUGAUUUUAUCUCAAGUCAGAAGUCAGAAGCCAUAACAGGGCAAUAGAGUGACUGUUGACUUUGACUUGUGCAGGCAGGCAAUCGCACCAAGGACACAUCAAGAUGUCACUGAAAGAGAAUUCCCUGCUACCGGAUCAUAAGGAGACACUGAGACAGCUCAAUGAAAGGUUGGCUGACUUUAUGCAACACUGUCGUCAUCUGGAACAGUCCAACAAUGCACUGGAAAUGAAAAUAGAGGAGAAGAUGAAAAAAAUUGAUCCACAGGUUGCUCACUGGAAAGAAAAAGAACAAGAGAGUGAAGAACUUCUCCAUUCAAUAUGUACGAUGGCCACGGAAAAUGCAAAAACAUCUAUGGAAAUUGAAAAUUACAGUAUGGAUCUGAAACUGUUUAAACAAAGGGCUAAUCAAGAGGCUUUUGAAGUGCAGCGGCUUAAUGGACAAAAUGAACGUCUGCAAGCAAUAACGACUGAAUUUGCACAGGAUAUAGCAGGUUUGAAGAUGGUUCUUGCAGAUCAAGAAGCAGAGAAAAUAAAUAUGGCAUUGUAUCAUCAAGAGGCAGUCCAGGCUAUGCAGCAGUUAAUUCAUCCCAUCGAUGAUAUUCAUUUUGCCAAGGAGGAGGAUGGGAGCAGGAUGGAACUGUCCCAGCUCCUCAAUGAGAUCAGAAGCCACUAUGAGGCUCUCAUUGCCAGGAGUCACAUCCCCUGCGAGCUGUCAGCCAGAAGCCAGUUGGAAGAGGAGGAGGCCAGGCAGAAGAUGCAGAAGGAUGAAGAAGAAUUGAGGGCUGCAAGAGCCAAUCUGAAUGAAGCCAGGAAACAAUAUACAACCCUUCAAGUUGAGAUUGAUUCUCUCCAAGCCAUGGAGAGAAGUCUGAAAUUCAGGCUAAAUGCCACAGAACAGCACCAUCAGAAGCAGCUCGAAGCAUUGUCGGCCAUCAUUGUAGACUUAGAACAAGAGCUACAGGAGGUCAGAGCUGGGGUUAGGACUCAGAUACAAAAACACCAGCUGCUUCUCAACACCAACAUGAAGCUGGAGAAAGAAAUCUCUGCAUACCGAAGCUUGCUGGAAGGGGAAGAGAUUAGGUUAUAUGGUACUAAACAAAUCCAGGAACCCAAAUCAUCUACAAGCAAAAUAAGUUUUAACUUACCUUCAGGAUAUGUAGAAAAAAAUACAGAGGUCUGUAAAGAAGCUUCAACAAAACAUCCACUAUUCAAUGGUAAUAUAGCAGAGGAGGGUGCAGAAGCCAGUGCUACAGUACAAACAGAGAAGGUGGAUCAAGUGAUUAAACAAUGGGAAGGUUCCUUCUUCAAAGACAAUCCAAAACUAAGGAAGAAAUCCGUAUCCUUAAGAUUUGACCUCCACCUGGCAGCUGCAGACGAAGUGUGCGCCCAAACCAAACAGGACAAUCUACCCGAUAUAGAGGUUCGGCUAAUCAUGAGGCGAUCAUGUAGUAUUCCCACCAUGAGUCCAUGAACUUUCACCAUUCCAAAGACUAGUAGGGACAUCCUGAAUGUUAUAGGAGUGUAUUAGUAACACUUGUAGUACCAUGGCAGCCAUAUGAAACAAUGUAUCAUUUAGGUGGAAACUCUGAAACCAAAUUCGCGUACAAGUGUUACUUUUUAUACCAUUAGUGUGUAUAUACGUAUAUAUAUUUAUUGAGCGAAAUAGCAGCAGCUGCAAAAAAAAAAGUACGCUUUGCCUUUUCAGCCUUCAUUUGGGAUUAAUCACGGUCCUGUCUACUUCUUCGUUGUCUGCUCAAAGCCAAAUUGGGCUGUCUGGCAGCCCUCCCAGCAAACUGGUAAGAUAAGGAAUUUAGCUUUAGGCGGCCUACUUAAAGAGCAGAUCCAGGGAACAAAUGAAACCAAUUAGCGAGCGGUUGAUGCUAAUCAACGAAUAUUGUAAAUUCCAGAAUGGGCCAAGCACAGGUUCAACGCACUUACUCUCUCGCUUUAGCGCUGUUUCUUUCUCUCUGCUUCUUUGUUAAUCCAGCUUUACUGGUCUCUUCUGGGUUGAAUGAUGGCCAUCUGGAGUUUCAAUUUAAAGCCCAACUCUGGGAAAUCAGAACAUUUAGAGAACAGAGGCUGUGUCCAUACUGCAGGGAUUAACUGUAUGCUUAGGUCCAGGGCAGUGGACUCCAAACUGCGCCUCGCAGGCCCUUACCUUUAUGCAGCCCUUGGGGCACCACUCUAUUCGCUAUAUUGGACAAUGGUGUAGUGCUGCUUCAAUCCAAGUAAUAAUCAACCUCUUAAAUAUAUCUUAUACCAUUAGUAAGUGAAAAAGUGCUCCAAUAAAAGUAAUCAGUAUGAUACACUACAAACUCCUAAACAACCUCCAGCCCCACUAACUCCCAUUUAAACAAUGGCCAAAAUAAACCAUCAAAAUAUAUGUGCAUAUGCAAACAACUUCAUAUAAAUCAUUGAAAAGUGCAGGACUUUUUUCUCAAACAAUAAGUGCUGGACAGGGGCGGACUGACUAUUGAGGCACCCGGGCACUGCUCGAGGGCCCCAUGCCACUAGGGGGGCCCCAUCAGGGUUACCAGGCUCAGUAAAACCAGGGACAGUAUGUAAA